AUGGCGAGAACUCACUCCGAGUCCUCGGACGACUUCGAGUUCAUUGAGACCCCUGCUGCCCCCUGCCAGUCGCCCUCAACCGAAAAUUGUGGAGUUCGGACCACGUCGUAUCCUGCCAUCAAAAAUGCACCUCUUCCUGCAGAUGGAGCAGGGAGCGAUACCUUCUCCAAUACCCUCCUCUUUUCCCUUUUAAUCCUUGUCCCAUGGUACUUUGCACGCCAAAUCGGCGGUGGGCUCUAUACCACUGUUAUUCUCGGAAUUUUCACGACCGUCCCUAUUCUCAUGACCUACUGGUCCGUUGCGUCGUCGAUUUCUCCUCGCAAGAACGAAAAGGCCAAGUAUCCAGGUAGACCCGUAGAACACUACCUGCACUUCCUCAGCGAACAUGACCGAGCGAAAUACCAUGGCAAAAGCAAAAUUCCCAUGGAGACCUUCCAUGAAAUGUACUUUGCUGGGAAGGUUGACUUCAAGGGCGACUGUCUUGAGGCAUUGGAGUAUCGACAUGAUUGGGCCUCGUUCAGAUUCACUUUGAGUUUGUACAAAUUCUUUUUAACUGGAAUGCUGCCUGAAGUUAUCAUGCAUACUCGCAGUCAAGAUGAAGAGCAAGUUCGAGGCCAUUACGACCGCGGAGAUGAUUUCUACGGCUGGUUCCUCGGUCCGCGCAUGGUCUACACCUCAGGCAUCAUCGGCGAUAUCAACAAAGAGGAGACGUUGGAGCAACUACAGGAUAACAAGUUGGCUGUGGUCUGUGAAAAGAUUGGUUUGAAGCCAGGUGACACCAUGCUUGACCUUGGUUCUGGUUGGGGAACUCUCGCCAAAUAUGCUAGUGUCCAUUACGGUGCUCAUGUUACUGGUAUCACUCUUGGACGCAACCAGACUACCUGGGGAAAUAACGGCCUGCGCAAAGCUGGCAUUGAAGAGCCUCAGAGCCGAAUUGUUUGUUGUGAUUAUCGUGAUGCUCCCACUGUUCCUGGCGGUUAUAAGAAAAUCACUUGCCUGGAGAUGGCUGAGCAUGUUGGUGUCCGACAUUUCGGUUCAUUCGCGUCCCAGGUCUACGAAAUGCUCGAUGACGACGGUGUUUUCUUCUUACAGAUCGCUGGUCUUCGCAAGUCUUGGCAAUAUGAGGAUUUGAUUUGGGGUUUGUUCAUGAACAAAUACAUUUUCCCCGGGGCAGAUGCCAGUACACCAUUAGGCUUCGUUGUGGACAAACUUGAGGCUGCCGGUUUUGAGAUUAAAGGCAUUGAUACUGUGGGCGUUCACUAUUCCGCCACUCUCUGGCGAUGGUACCGGAAUUGGCUUGGAAACAAGGACAAGGUCCAGGCGAAAUACGGCAAGAAAUGGUUCAGGAUUUGGGAAUACUUCCUUGCCUACUCUACUAUCAUCUCCCGCCAGGGUAGCGCUACCUGCUUCCAAAUCACCAUGGUCAAAAACAUCAACUCCACUCACCGCGUUGAAGGCAUCCCAGCACAAUUUGGUCUCUCAGGCGCACGAACUGCAUCCAUCGAGCGUGUUGGUCACGGAACUCUGCCAACUGCUAACGUUCCUGUUGCCGAAAAACCUUAA